AAAUUAUGGCGAACAUUAUUUUAGUACAGCGUCCGUGUAAUUUUUAUUGUGAAAGUCAGGGCUGUUGUAUAAAGUUGUAGGGGAGCUUAGGAUGGUAGAAAGAACACCGGGUUCAAGCUGUGUGUUUAUCUCGGAAUUAACAGGACAACGUCAACAUCCUUCUUAAAUCUUGUGCCUGGACUAAAAGAAUUCCUGCUUUUUCAUCCAGGGGAUGUGCAGGACAUAAACACAUAAACAACUAUAAGGCACUUGAAGAUUGUGCUUCUCCACAGGGCAGUGUAAGAGACAGUGCCUUUUUGGACGGGUGGUACUUAACAAGACAGGAGCCUUUCCCAUUACAGGCUGCAAAGGACUCAUUGGACUGCUUGAACUGACUUGACUCCUGGAUUCACAGUAUAUCCCCAAGACACUUCAAGACUCAAAAACAACACUAAGGGCUGUCUUAGUUACUUUGAACGAGAGCUGGUAUUCAUAAUGUCAGAAAACUAUCGCCGCUCAUUGGUGGUCACCCCAAAGACCACCGCUCAGUUCAACCAGUUCCUGCCAAGCAAAGCCAAGCAGUCGGGCUAUGUCCCAGCACCACUACGCAGGAAGCGCACUGACAGUACUGACAAUGAGGAAAACAGACGCAGUUGGGCCAGCCCCAUGUUUACAGAGGAGGAUGGAUCAUUCUCUAGGAUAGGAACAGGCCCAUAUUCCACUAAUGAACUAGGCACUCAAAGUUCUACACAAGCUGCCUGGCCAUUUGGGUAUGAGAGCAGCGAUUCAGAGGCAGAGCGUCCAGACCCUGACCUGCAACUUGAUGAUUUGGCCAGUCGCCGUUUCCAUACCCCAAGGGUCGUCACACCCACCAACUUUGCAUUGCCCAUGACCCCAAGCGAAUCCACCACUAUGCCUCAAACCACCAGGCCAAAGGUCAUGGUUACUAGUGUGCCUCAACCAGCAUUGACCUUUCUCAGCAGUGAGCCUAGGCCUCCUCAGAAGGCUACUAGGAGGUCUGCGUCUGCUGAUGUCUACUUGUAUGAUGACUCAGAGGAAGAUGAUGAUGAAACUGGUUAUGCUGAUCCUGUUCAUGAUGACCUUUAUGCUCGUAAAGUGGGCUUAACAGAAGCCCAGUCCAUUUCCACUGCCCACUAUGAUAAAUUUCUCCCAAAGUUUUGGACACCAGAGGAAGACAUGCAUGUGCAGAAAAUCAGACUGGGCUCUCAGCGUCGGCCCUGGUACAGAAAGAUCCAGGGCUUCAGCCAGAAGAAGUCUGGCUCAUCCUCGGAGGACUCCGAAUGUGAUGUCAGUCCCCAGCUCUGUGUGUCCUCUCCCUCUCAUUCUGAACCCCCUUCCUCACAUGCACAAACUUCAGCACAGCUCAUUCCUGUCACACCCAGUCCGACCACACAGCCACUCAUGCUCACUCAAGACACCUUUGGAGCCCAAAGAUUUCAGCUCCCUGAUUUUUGGCCCAGGCCAGACCCCACUUCAGGCCCAAGACUCAUUAGGUUCAAGAGACACCCACUAUUAGGGCGGGAACACCCUAAUGACCCAUACAAUGUAUCUGAGGACAUUCUCCCUGACUUGGAAAAUGAUGACAUGUUUAGCCGCCGCACAUGUGCCUUCUACUCUAACACUGAGCUGGCCAAGAUGAAAUAUGGGGGUCUACUUUCCUUACAUCAAAGGUCUGAGCCAUGUAUCAGAUUGGUCACUCAGCAUAGUGAUGUCAAAUCUACGUACCCGGACAUUGAGAAAGAUGAUGUGGCCAUUCGCAGGUUACGGCAUCAGUCUAAACAGCGCCCCCUUUCAGGAGCACCUGAUAUCUAUCACCCUGUGCCUAUUCCUGACCUCUGGGUACAGCAACAGAAACUUCAGGCUAAAAUAUCCCCCCCAGUACAGGGGGCUGCCCCGAUGUAUCCAAAACAGAAGGUCAAAACCGAACAUCAAAAAUCAGAUGAUAUGGUAGUUAGGAAGCUUGGAAUUGCACAUGUCCAGAAUCCCACUGAGGUAUCUCAGAGGUCACUUGGAACUCAAACAGGCCCGAGUGUGCCUUCAGUCUGCAACGAGGAAGAUCUCCAAAAAUGGCAAGCCAUCAGAGAGGCCAGUCGCCUAAGAUAUAAGAAGAAGCUGAUGGUUGAGAGACUGUUGCAAAAGAACUCAGAUAGUGACGGGGCUAAAUCACUGAGUGACAUCAAUGUUGAGCAGGCAUUACAAGAGGUUCAGUACGAAGAUCUGCAAAAGUUCCGUGCCAAGGUGAAGGAGAAUGAAGACAGGUGGCAGGAUGAUCUGACGAAAUGGAAAAACAGGCGCAAGAGUGUUAACUUAGAUAUCAUGAAGAAAAAAGAAGAGAGAGAGCAGAUCGAGAUACUUACUUCAGGGAGCAGCACCAGGAAAUCAAAGACGUUCAAGGAAAUGGAAGAGGAGAGGGAAAGCCGAGAGCCAGGCUACAGGAGUCGCUUCGCUUCCUUGUCCACAUCUGAUGACCAAGAUGUCUUUGAAGAACCCACACCCAAGACCAGGGUUUUACCAAGCCGCAGCAAUACUGUAGAUGAUCCUUACUCCCUGAGCCGAUCUAAAGUGCGCUCUCUUCCCAGUUUGCUAGACGAAGAACCUAAGACUGGCAGCAUGCCAACAGUUGAGAAAGAUGCGCCAUCCGGUCCUGUCCAGUCCAGCUUAGGCAGCAGCCUUCUGGAUGAUCCGGUUCCAAUCAGCGUCAUUAGCAAACCCAGGCUACUAGAGCCCACCAGCAACACUCAAUCAACUCGCACCAGCACUAUCAUCAGCAGCCCACCACUAGAGGCUAAAAGCAGCUCAAAACCAAUUACAGAAUCCAACAUCUCUGCUAAACCUACCCCUACACCUAGGCAAGGCCAAAACCAGGAAUCCUUGUAUAAACCAGUUUCAACACAAAUGAAGCAACCCAUUGCACCUCAGGUUUCUGCUUCACUUCCUAGGAGCUACCAGAGAUCAGAUAGUGCACGCCUCACUUCUGUUGUCACACCAAGACCAUUUGGUGCCUCAGCUACCAAAGUUGCAUCCCUGCCCCGUGCCUAUACGGUAGGUGACUCUCAGAAGUACUUUAAUGGUGAGACAAAGAGUAGUAGGAAUACUACAAUUAAUUCCCAGACCAGUUCCGUACAAAGCAGUAAUGAGAAUGAAGGGCAAGAAGAGGAGCAAGUGGUUCCCCCUACUCAGACCUCCUCAGCUGUCACUCCGGUCAGCCGUGUAGCUCCACAACCCAAAGUGUUUCCUGACAACAGCAUACAGCAGGAAAGCUACAGUGAAAUGAGGAUCAGCCUGAACCAAAAACCCAACAGCAGUCACGACUUUGGAUUCCAGACUAACUGGGACUCCACAGGAGCUGUUGUUAAAUCUAUAAAACAAGACAGUCCAGCAGAGCUGUGCCACCUGCAGGUCGGGGAUAAGAUUUUGGCAGUGAAUGGGCAGAAGGUGGCAGACAUGAGCUAUGAACAGUGGAAAAGGAGCAUGGAUGAAGCCCUGAAGGAUGGUAGCCUGUUUAUGGACAUUCGCAGACAGGGAAAGAACAACUGGGGAAAAGACCUACCUUCCCUUCAAUUUAAAAGACAUAAGGUCAUCAAUCUCACCACUACGGAUCCUCUAGGUUCCCCUGAGACAAAUGCUAACAUGAACCUGGACUUCACCUCACGCCGGGGCAUGGAUCCCAAUGUGAAACCUCUGAAUGUCAGCUCUCAGCCCGUCAAUCGUCUGCCAUCCACUGGCAUUAAUGGUGGAAUUAAUGAGGAACCUGUGCUUCUGAGAAAUGAAGAACCCAUUUCUUUAAAAAACCUUAAAAGGAGAUCGGAGUUUUUUGAACAAGGUGGAUCUGAAAAUCAGAUCACAGAACUACCAGUUCCCUCUCACUCAGCCUCCUCUACUCGCUGGUCUUGGGACCCAGAGGAAGAGCGCAGGCGACAGGAAAAGUGGCAAAAAGAGCAGGAUCGCCAGCUCCAGGAAAAGUAUCAACGUGAUCAAGAAAAGCUAAAGGAGGAGUUUGAAAAAGCCCAGCAGGAGGCUGUAACAGAAGGCACAAAACAAUAUCAAGAGGAGCUGAGGAGCCUCGAGAUGGAACGUGAGGCCUCAAGACUUAAAGAGGAAGAGGAGAGGAGGAGGAGAGAGGAGGAGAGGAAGAGAAGGGAGGAACAGGUGCACCUUGAGGAGGAGAGGAAAAGAAGGGAGCAACAGGAGCGCCUUGAGGAGGAGAGGAAAAGAAGGGAGCAACAGGAGCGCCUUGAGGAGGAGAGGAAAAGAAGAGAGCAAGAGCAGCAAAUUGAGGAGGAGAGGAAAAGAAGAGAAGAGCAGAAAAAGAGGGAAGAACAGAAACGUCUGGAAGAAAAGAGAAAGAAGGAAGAAGAGGAGCUUAAACAAAGGGAGGAGGAAAAGAAAAGAAGAGAGCAAGAGGCACUGAGACUGCAGAGGAAAAGAGAAGAAGAGGAGGAGAGGAGGCGCCAAGAAGCCCAGCAGAGACUUCAGGCAAAUGAUGUGGAGUAUACUUUCCCUGAGCUAUCCUACUCACACAGGGCCAAGUCCAAAUCUACUCCAGAGCUGGAUGACAUAGAAAAAAAUGAUAUUAAAGGUGUGUAUAGCAAGCACAGGGGUCUGGCAGGUUGGCUUCUGGAGGAAGAGUUAAGAAGGAAGAAAGAUCCUCAUAUCCUGAGACAGCAAGCUGCAUCUGAGCUGGAACUAGAGAGGAGAAACCUCCUUAGUGCUAUGAGAUACAGUAACCCAGAGAGAGCUGUAAGCAGUGGUCUGGGUGAGAGCACUUUGAAUAAGGCCUACCAGAAUAGGAAAGAGCCGGUAUCUCAGGCUGAAGUAGAAAGGCAGCAGAUCAUUCAGGACAUGAAAAAGAAGACUUCAUUGCUGCCAGACAACAAAUGGAUCCGACAAAGUAGUGUCAAUAAUGUGAACAAACAGCCAGCCUACAUUCCCAUGAGGAGGGGUGAGUCUCUGGACAACCUGGACGUGACAAAGAAUCACCAAUCCUGGAGGUCAUCAUGGACUCCAGAGACCAAUUCUUCCAUCCCAGACUAUAGCCGUCCUUAUACAUCUCUGAGUUCCAGUAGGCCAUUUUUGCCCCAGUCCACAUCUAGCGCCUCCACAAAAACUGAGAAUCAGCCAUCCUCACGAAACAGGUCAGUCAGUGGCAAGAAAACGUGUACUUUCUGUGAUAUGCCACUUGGCAAAGGAGCAGCAAUGAUCAUCGAGUCCCUCGGGCUCUGUUUUCAUUUACAAUGCUUUAAGUGCUGUCAAUGUAAAGCUGACCUUGGUGGCUCAGAAAGUGGAGCUGAAGUCAGGAUACGAAACAAACAGCUCUUCUGUAACUCCUGCUAUAUGCGUCUCAAAACAGGGCAGCCUACUGCCAUGUGACCUAACUGGAUUACAGCAGAUUGAAGAAGAACCUGGUCCACAUACAUAACCAUGAACACUAAUACUGGAGUUAUGCAUGAGGACAAGAACACUAUACAGUAGGAUGCCAGACAAGAUAACACAAUACACAUAUGUGCUUCCUUUUUACCUAUUAAGAAGGGGGGGAAAGUUCUAUGUUUCCAUAAAGUAUUAUUAACUAUGCUUGCACAAAGUACAAGGGACAUACUGUACAUUCACUUAGAAACUAGCAAUGUAUUUGAAAUUAUUGUCAUUGUGUUCCUUACAAAAGCAAGUUUUUGAUGAUUUGUCAUGUUGGACAUAUUUCAUAGAGGUCUCUUUGGUAGUAAUUUUUGGAUUGAUAGAACCUGCUGUUUUUCUCAUAGCAUUUUAAGUCUAUCUUCAUCAGGCUUCUGUAUGUUAUGGUGUGUUAUCAAAUAUCCUGUCAUCUAUUCUUCAUUGUGCCUUUAUGUUUGUGAUGGGAAUAAAUAUUUAGAAUAAAUAUAUUUAGAAUAAUUAUUAUAAGAGUAUAUUUAAAAGUGAUAUGGUUUGUAGGAAGAAUUUUGUGGCAUUCAUUUAAGACAUUGAAUUAAGAUUUUCCACAAAGUUAAACAAUCUAAAUACAUGCAAAAGAAAAUGUAUUUACUAAAAUACUUGUAAAUAAAGUGACCAAACCAAAAUGCA